GCGCCUCACCUCGCUCAACCCCUGCUUGGGCGGCCGGGCGGCAGAGCGAGCGCGCGAUCGCGGACAGGCGAGCAGGCAAGCGGGCAAGCGGGCAAGCGGCAAGCGGGUAAGCGGCAAGCGGUCCUCGCUCUCCCUGCCCGCAGUAGCAGCAGCAGCAGCGGCGGCCCGCUCGGCAGCUGCAAGCGACCACACACAGGCGGCGGCGGCGGCAGCGGCGGCAGCGGCGGCGGCGAGGAUGAAGUGCAAGCCGAACCAGACGCGGACCUACGACCCCGAGGGCUUCAAGAAGCGCGCCGCGUGCCUGUGCUUCCGCAGCGAGCGCGAAGACGAGGUGCUCCUGGUGAGCAGCAGCCGCUACCCCGACCGCUGGAUCGUGCCCGGCGGGGGCAUGGAGCCCGAGGAGGAGCCGGACGGCGCGGCGGUGCGCGAGGUGUACGAGGAGGCGGGAGUCAAGGGGAAGUUGGGCCGGCUGCUGGGCGUCUUCGAGCAGAACCAGGACCGCAAGCACCGGACCUACGUGUUCGUGCUCACCGUCACCGAGCUGCUGGAGGAUUGGGAAGACUCGGUCAGCAUCGGCAGGAAGCGAGAGUGGUUCAAGAUCGAAGAUGCCAUCAAGGUCCUCCAGUGCCACAAGCCCGUGCAUGCCGAGUACCUGGAGAAACUGAAGCUGGGCGGCUCCCCGACUAAUGGAAACUCGGCCGCCCCGUCCCCGCCGGAGAGCGAGCCCUAGUAUGUACCGCUCCCGCCCGCCCGGACUCCCGCCUGUCGCCUCCCCGCACUUGCCUCCUGCCUGCCUGCCUGCCAGGAGAGCACCUCUCCUGCCCAGUGCGCCCGCACGGGCAGGAGGGAGGCUUCUUUUGUUUCCUUGGCAGGCAGACCUCUGAAUCACGCUUGCAAACUGUCUCUGUUGCCAGGCGCUGUUUGCAGACAAUUUGCACGUUUUUUCACAUGCUUUUCUAAUCGCUUCUUGGUGACACUGUAAAAAUCUUGCGGUCAGCCAGAGCUGCAUGGGAUUUCGUGAAAGGUGCCUUAACUGCUUGCCCUGCUCUUCAUAAAGGGUGUGUGUGUGUGUGUGUGUGUGUGUGUGUGUGUGUGUGUGUGUGUGUGUUCGUGUGUUCUCGUGUGUUCGCGCGCGCGCGCAUAUGCACGCGCGCGCGUGUCUGUCUGCCCUGUGAUGUUUUUGUUUGGGUGGUGUUUUUUUCCUAAACACCCUUUACAUGUGUUUGUGCGUGAGUGUGCGUGCGCGCUUUUGAUGUCAGGCUUGUGGUUUGUUUCUUAGUGGAGGCCUUUAGAGUCCUACCAGCUGGCGGGUGGUGGUGGUGGGGCAUCUUUUAUGUUUUUUCCCCUUGUUUUCUCAUUCGCAGGCUUCACAGUGAAUAUGACUGGAUGGUAUAUAUCUAUCAACGUUCUAAAUGUAUUCUACAAACCUGUAUUAAAUAUACAUGGAUGGUGACACUAAUUUAUGCGUUUUAUUCUAUAGGUUACCUUUCCAAAAUUUGGUACACAUAGAAUUGAAUAUCAUCCUCCCCCCCAUGGUUCUCUGUUACAUAAAUCCUUCUAAGUAAUAUAUGUGUAGUAAACAAAAUAGAUACUGUCAAAGAAAUGAGUACAAACCUGCUUACCAAAAUUAUAGCUUUUAUAAACCAAGCAUGUAAUUUGAUAUCCUAAAUAAUGCUGAAUUAUUGAAUAUGGUUUUCACUAAUUACUGGGUAAUCUAAAUCACUGAAUAGAUAUUCCCAGUAACCUCAGUCUUAAAGAUUAUACACCAAUCCUACAGAUUAUUGCUUUAUUUCUGUAUUGUAUACAUAAAAAUACCUCUCAUCUAAAAAACGCCAGGAAUAUGUUGGGGGUUUUACUACAAUGUAAUAUUCUAGAGAUAAUAAUACACAGUAUUAUAUUUGGCAGUUGAACUCUAUUUGACUAAUUUGAGGAGACUUGAGUUAAACAAAUUUCAGUCUUGUUCUAUAAUCAUACUUUGUUUCAUUUAAAAGCAUUUGGAUUGAGCAGUACAGUUGAAUGAGAUUUUCUUUGGGAUCCACAGAGACUGUUCAUGCAAUUUCCAACCUUCCAGUAAUUCCCAUUUCCAUAUUGCAAGCAAAAACCAGUUAUCACUCUUUAAAUUCAAAUUUAUAUAGUUAAAUAUCCUCUCUGGGGUUCAUUUGAGAAAAGAAAUAAAUGAAAGCCUCCAAAUGAUCUUGCCUUUUAAUAGAAUAAUUCCAGGAAAUUCAGAUAAAACAGCUGACACAGGAAUAAAGCAAAUCUUGUCAGGAUCUUAUAUUUUAAAAGUUUGACACACAGGUGUGAUUUUCUCCUUGGAGGGGUUACUUAGUGCCUAUGCAUUUUACAUGUUGAGUGCAGUGAGGCUGAAUUUUUCAGUUCAUCCCAUUUCCCCCCAAUCCAGUGUACUGCUGAAAGAUAGUAAGAUGUUUACACAAGAUAACAGAAGUUUGUUUUCAGCAUGUUGUCUUAAAGGGCUGAUUUUCCCUCCACUGGACAAGUGCCUAUGCUUAUCCUUUAAAAAGCUUGAAGUCAUGCUGAAGUCAAAGGAAUUUUGAUGUGUUUGAUGCAGGUAUACGUUGUAUUAGAAACCUGUUUUGUGGAUCAGAUCGUUUUGGUGGUUUUUUUUGUUUUGUUUGGUUUGUUUUUGUUUUUUUUGUUUUUGCAAGAAGAAGGGCUGAAACAUGGCUAUGUGUAGUUCCUUGGUAUGGUUCCAUUGAAAAGAAUUGUUAUAAAGCAUUAUUUAGAAGUAUCAGUAAAAGUGAAAGUUUGUAAGAACAGGAACAGGCAGCUUGUAAGAUACCAGCGUGGGACACAUGGCUUAACAGGCUCUGGAGCUGGCGUUGCUUCUUUCCUCACUCUCCUUUACGCGGAGCUCCUUUAUGAGAAGGAACAUGGAUAACUGGGAAAGGAGGUGAAGCUGCUCAGAACAUAUUUAAUACUAACAGCUAGCCAAGCUUUUUUUUCCCUCAGAGAUCUUUUUGUGGAAACACCUAUUGUAGUUAUGUACCUCACUAACUGUUUUCCUAAUAGAAUAUGAACUCUGAGGACUAGGACCCAACCUGAAUCCUGCAUAACUCCAGGGCCUCAAAACGGGCUAAAAUUCGGAAACAUUUGUCAUUGACUCACACACUAGAAAUGUCUACUACCAGUGAAUUCCUGAUUUUCUUUUUUAAGCUUCAUAACAUACCUGGGAGAAUUUAUUUCUUUAGGCUCUCACCUGUGCUUACUGUGGAACCACAUUGGAUAAUUCACUGCAGGCUUUUCCGGUAGAAAGGGUUGAUGAACCAUACUAAAUCCUCAGUAAAUAUUUGUUGUCUAGACUCUACAGGAAUGGACAAACCAGUAAAACCUUAUUAAUCAGAUUAUCUUUUUUUAGGUGAAUGGAAUAAAUGUUGUUCAGAUUUACUUUGAAAGAAUCAAGUAUGUGACCCCAAUGAUGAAUGGAAUUGUGAAGCACAGGUGAGCUCUUUGACAUCCCCAAGGACACAGCUCACCCUAUGCUUUUGGACACUGCUUUCCUGUUAUUAACAAUGGCUAGACUUCAGGUUGUUGCACUACCACUGUAUCUGUACAGAAGUCUAUUCGGCACCUGUGGCCUUUUUGUGCUUUUGUCUGUAUUUCCCCAUCAGAUAUGACCUUGAAUGCAAAGAACUUGCUUUCUUAGUCUUUUUAUAUCUAGCAUACAUUACUUGAUAUAUGGUAGGCGUCACUGAAUAUUUGUUUAAUAUUUUGUAAUGAUAACGAAUGGUAAAACAUCCCUCUUCUAAUCUCUCUAGCAUAUAUGUGGCUUUUGUAUAUCAGGUGUCUCGCAACUAUUUCAAGGCAGCUGUGAAUAGUAGCAAAGAUUCAUAUUCAUAUGUCUGUGUUAUCCCAGACAUUAUGUACCUCCUACAUUUGCCAAAAUUUUGAACCUAAAUUUAACUGUGCCUCUAGACAUAAUUUCUCCUCUAUAGAAAAUUCAGGAGACAGAGAAACAGUUUACUGUAUAUCAAACAGAUGAGAUUCAUAGAAUCCUGACUUCAAGAAAACACAGGACAGAUGAUCCAGUUUCUUCAGUAUAUAAGUCACAAGGAUGAAAGGAAAGGGUGGUGGUUAAACCUGUGCAUUGAAAAAAGGCUUCAGAGAGUGAUCAGUACUUGCAUGGAUCUUAUUUGGAUCCUGAUUUGAUCAAACUAUAAGAUGAUUUAGUUUAUUAGACAACUAGAAUAUUUUGAGCAUUGGCUAGAUAUUUUCACGUUCAUUAUUAUAAUACUGUUGUUAUAUUGGAGAAAAGAAUUCUUAUCUGCAUUCAAAUAUUUACAGUUGAAAUGAUAUAAUGUCUGGGAUUUGCUUCACAAUGUAUCUAGAUAUUAAACACAUUGGACAUACUCAAACAAGAUUGGCCUUCAAGAUGGUUGAAGCUGAAUGAUGAGUAAAUGAUGUUCAUUAUAUAUGGUCAUCUCUGCUUUUGUAUGUUUGACAUUUUCCAUAAUAAAAAAAGUUACUCAAAAAUCA